CGAGGAGGCCCCGCGCCCGCGGCCGCCCGCAGACGGCCGGAGCCAUGCAGCGCACAGCGGCGCCCGCGCCGCUCGUGGCCGCCGCGACAUCGGGCGCGCAGCAGGCUCGCCGCCUGGCGCCUCUCCAGGGCGUGCCGCGGUUGUUGGCCACGGCCCCGCCCGAGCUCCGCGCCGAGCUUGCUUCUGGACUGCCCACGCCCACGGGGGCGCUCGCGGCCGCAGCCGGAGCGGCAGCGGGCGUUGCGGCGGGCGCCGCGCGCCCGCCGCGGAGGCGCCGCCCCUGCGCAGCGGGCCCUGGCAGGCCCAGGCGCGUCACCCGGCUCGGCGGCCUCACGGCGACCCUGGCGGCCCCGACUGUGGGCGACUUGGAAGCCCCAGAGCUCGACGAGGACGAUACCAGCAACGGCAAGGUGUCGCCCGUCGCAUCCGCGCAGGUCUCCCCCUUCAGCGGCAGCGAGGACGGCGAGGGAGGCAAGCCGAGGCUCCCCCUGACGUGGGAGAACGUCCAGCUGGUCCUCGACGAGCUGCGGCCGUACCUGCAGGGGGACGGCGGCGACUGCAAGAUCGUGGACAUCGACGGGGCGGUCGUGAAGCUGGAGUUGCAAGGCGCCUGCUCCAGCUGCAGCUCCUCCUCCGUGACGCUGAAGAUGGGCAUAGAGAAAAGCUUGAAGGAGCGCAUCCCAGAGGUCGAUGAGGUCGUCUCGGUGAUGCCCGAGGAGGAACAACUUUCCGAAGACGGGGUGGAGGAGGUGCUCGACGGCAUCCGGCCGUUCCUGAGCGUCAGUGGCGGCACCAUCGACGUGCACAGCGACUCUGUUCUCGAGGGCGACGCCCCAGCCAUUGUCCUGCGAAUGACCGGGCCGCCUCUGAAGAGCAUGGCCGUGCGCGUCGAGGUGGUGAACAGGAUAAAGAGAAAGUACCCGAAGAUCAAAGACGUGAAGAUUGUGGGGGAAGAUGGCGAAGGAUCGAUGUGAGGUCCUGGUUUUGGGCUUUACCAGAUUUUCGCCCUCGCCUGCCCGAGCAAGAGGCAGAGAGGGAACCGAAUCAGACAGGCGCGCCUGUAUGACAAUGGUCAUGCACUGACGAACUGGAUGGGAUUCGAAUUCAGUUCGCCAGGGUUCGUUUCGCCAGUGAUCGUUCCGCUGGGGCUCGUUUUGCUGGCGUCCGUCUCGUGAGGUUCUCGCUUCGGCGGGUUCAUCCUUGCUCGGGCUGGUUUCGCCCAGGGCUUCGUUUCGCUUGAACUUGUUCUGCUGGGGCCUACUUCGCUGUUUGGCUGGGCUCCCUUUUCGCUAAGCUUCAACGAAGGCUGGCGGGAGGGACCCUGGGGCGGGCGGGGUGCACCGGCACGCCCGCCACCUGCGCGGGGUCGAAGGAGGCUGGAAGUUGGAUGACCGCGACGCGUCACUCGUCCGGGCCUGAGCCCGUGCUGAUGAUUUCGCACGUCAGGAUUCGAAGCGACUUGCGCGUGUUUGCUGGUUGAGCGUAGCGAUGCCUCAGCCGACCAGCGGCGGAUUGAGGAUAAUUGUGCGCCAGCAUUUCUGGUGACUGCAUGUAACGCGCGCGAGUCUCAACGCACAGGCUCGCGAGCGGAUUAUAUGUUUUAGAUUUUCUAGCGUCCUCUCAGAAGCAUCUGCCUCGGGGAAACUUGUGGCGUCACCUCGUCGUCGUGCCUCUCCUUCUCCAAGUCGGCGUCGCUUCAACAACA